AGAUGCUGGAGAGUGAACGAUCACAGAAGAAACUGAACAAUGCCAAAGACACGGAUGAUUCAGGAUCAUCUCCUUACAUCCCAUAUAAAUAUACCGAGGCGAUAUCACUGUCAGCACCUUCAUCGCAGUCUGAUCUCAUCGUCAUGGACAUUAAUGAUAACAGCGAGUCUGAUGAGCCUGAUGUGAAGUUCAUCUCUCCAUUUGAGCUGAAGGACACCAGACACAGAAGACCGAAGCCCGUGAUAAAAGAUCAACCGAUGUUUUGUUGGAUGGAGAACACGGAGAUGCUGGAGAGUGAAAGUGAAAUGGAUGAAGUCCAGCCAGAAGCUCCAGAGCAGCAGGAGACACCUGUGAGAAAAUCCCAUCCAGAGAGCAACACUGACAAACAACAAACCCUUCAGAAGGAGGAAGACGCUCAUGAAAACAUCAUCAUGACAGCUCCUAAUGGUCCCGCUGGAGAUACCCAAGAUCACCUGAAAGGUUCAAAGAAGACCAAAGCUGCCAGCAAAACAAAAGGAUUGUUUGUUCUUCAUCACUGGCUUGAGAAAAAGACCAAAGAACGACAGGAGGAGAAAAUGAGAAAAGAAAGGGAAAUAAUAGAAACACAGUCACUGCGGGAGAGAUACCUCAACAGUCCAGCAUUGAAGCAUCUGUGUGUUAAUAAGAACAACUCUUACUAUAUCCCGAAUCUCCUUCUCUAACUCACAAUACUGUAACAAUAGUGACUCCUCAUCUGUUCCUAAUGAACCCCAAACCUCCUAUACAUAGCUUUUCUCUUCAUGUGUGCAAAAAAAAACUUUAGUGUUAUGUGCAAAAUAAUUAAGUUUAUGUGUGAUAUAAAUAAGUAUAUGUGCAAGAAAAACUUUAGUGUUAUGUACAAAAUAAUUAAGUUUAUGUGUGAUAUAAAUAAGUAUAUGUGUUA